CAGUUGGCUGACAAAUGCAGACGUCUUUUUUGCUCAUUCGGUCGAAAGAGAAAAAAAUAAUUAAGUCUUGUGCCAACUUUUGGCUCGCAAUCUUCACCGCCUCGUCCGUAGUUGCAUUCGCCUCUUCAUUUAUAGCACGAGUCAGCCCAUCCGCGGUUCCUUUUGCAGCCUUCAAAUAUGACUAGGCUAACGCGUGAAGCUCCGGCCCGGGCCAACAUCGAGCUGGGCGACGUGACGCACCACAACCUGAAGCAGCUGAAGAAGAUCAACACGGUCGUGCUGCCGGUGUCGUACAAUGACAAAUUCUACCUGGACGUGCUGGAAUCGGGCGAACUGGCCAAGCUUGCCUACUACAACGAUGUCGUCGUCGGUGCCGUCUGCUCCCGGAUCGACACGUCGGAAAACAUGCGCCGGCUGUACAUCAUGACGCUUGGCUGCCUGUACCCCUACCGGCGGCUGGGCAUCGGCACGGUGAUGGUGCAGCACAUCCUGAACUGCGUCGAGCGGGACGGCAACUUCGACAGCAUAUUCCUGCACGUGAAGGUCGACAACAAGGGUGCGAUCGAGUUUUACAAACGGUUCGGGUUCGAGAUCGUGGAAACGAAGCAGCACUACUACAAACGGAUCGAGCCGGCGGAUGCGCACGUACUGCAGAAGACGCUCACGAAAAAGGCUGCGGUGGCGGCGGCCGCCGCAAUGAGCUGCCCCCAUCAGCACAGUUCGGAUGCGGAUCGAGAACACCAGGCGGGGGUUGCGAAUGGAGACAGUCAUGAGGCGGCGGGCGAGGCACCGCAACCGGCGGCAGCCGCUGGCAAUGCGAACAAUCAUUCGAGCAUCCAAAACUCGACCACGCAACAAACACCGCAGGCUGCCGAAAAGAACCGAUAAACCGGUCUAGUUUGAAGAUCGUAACCCGCCUACCACCAUCGAGAAACCCGGGUGCAGCAACCAGUGACCGCAGUGGGCAGGCAGUGGGCGUUGAGCGUAACCAUUGGCAACGGCGAACCAUUGCAUUCUUCUUGCGCGCGCGUUUUCACUAGUUGGCGAAUGGGAGUUCGUUCGUUCUAUAUUUGUUAAAUUGUGUACACAUGUGUGCUACAUGUUCUUUACUUCACACCGGCCCCAUCCCACGUGCGAGACCACACUCACGACUGUGAAUCAGCUUUCUCUUCCCUCCUGGUCCCAUCCCCGCUUGCGCCCGCUUUCGAAAAA